AUGUCUGUAUACCUUUCCCCCCACGGGGCGGGGCCUCUGUACGGGCCACCUAUUGUUACCCAAGGCUCACCGGGGCAGUAUGGAUACUCGAAAUCCCCCGAUACAAAGAGACGACAAGUCGAGCAUGUGCCACCCCCGAUUGUACAAUGUCCUACAGACGAGGAGUUCUUUAUUGCAGAUGUCCACGCCAGUAUUCACCGACCCAACCUUGACUUACUUAAACACCAAUUCUUGAAUGAAGGAAGACUAACGGAGGAGCAGGCCCUUUUUAUUCUCGAUCAGACAACUCAAUUGUUGAGUCAGGAACCCAACAUGCUUCAUGCGAGGAGUCCAGUCGUAGUUUGCGGUGAUAUACAUGGCCAAUUUUAUGACCUGCUCAAAAUUCUCGAAUUGGGCGGUUCGUUCGCAGAGAAUAACUAUCUGUUUCUGGGUGACUAUGUGGAUCGAGGUUACUUUAGUAUCGAGUGCCUUUUAUACCUCUAUGCAUUGAAGCUGUGGUAUCCAACGCAACUCCUCCUUUUACGGGGAAAUCAUGAGUGUAGGCACCUCACUGAAUAUUUCACUUUUAAACGUGAAUGCAUGCACAAGUACUCUGCCACGAUCUACGACGCGUGCAUCCAAUCGUUCCAGAGUCUCCCAGUGGCGGCGCUAAUUGAUGGCAAGUUUUUUUGCGUGCACGGAGGAAUAUCGCCGGAGCUACAGCUGCUGGAAGACGUAGAUAAGCUGAAUCGUUUCGCCGAACCUGACUCUCAAGGUCUUCUGUGUGAUUUGCUGUGGGCAGAUCCAGUGCCGAAUUUCGGAACCGAGCACGACCCAGCGUACGAGUGGCGACAAGGUACACCGUUGGAAAAAAUGUUUUAUCCAAAUCACACUCGCGGAUGCAGUUAUUAUUACACAUACGAGGCGGUGUGCUCAUUUUUAGAGCGGAACCAGUUGCUGGGCAUGUUUCGUGGACAUGAGGCGCAAGAUGCGGGGUACACCAUGCAUCGCAAGACGGCGUCGAGGAAGUUUCCUUCAGUGAUCACUGUGUUCAGCGCACCUAAUUAUCUCGACUUAUAUCAUAACAAGGGAGCGAUUAUCAAGUACAACAACAAGAACAUGGUUAUCCGGCAAUACUACGCAAACUCCCACCCUUACUGGCUCCCCAACUUCAUGGACGCAUUCACGUGGAGUCUUCCUUUUGUUGGUUCGAAGAUCACAGAGAUGUUGCUUGCGAUCCUGUCGGUGUGCUCGGACAGGGAGCUCGAAGAAUCGUCCUCGCUAUCUUCCGAGGAAGAGGAUGCUGAGCGGGCACGCGCACUUACUGACAUAACAGAAGAAGAAGAUGAGGAGGACGAGACGAGAACCAUCGCAGAUCUGGCCCUAACUCCGGAUGAAAUCUCAGAGAGAAGGCAGCAGAUCAAGAGCAAGAUCAUGGCGGUGGGCAGAAUGCAGCGGGUGUUCCGACUUUUACGCGAAGAGGCAGAGAAUGCUACCGAAUUGCAUCCGUCCGAACAAGGCGCUCCGACAGCUUGGCCUGGCGGGUUUGCCGCGCCCGAAACACUCGGUGUGCGAACGAUACAAGCGCGUCGAUACAUCCGAUCCUUCGACGACGCCCGUCAGUCGGAUAUCGCCAACGAGCGACUCCCGAAAUUCGAUUACAGGUCAUCGUCUACGCUGCCGUUCGUCCCUGUCCCCAGCAUGCGCUUGCCGGGGCUUCCUGAGGAUGGCGACAGAGGAAACUUAGAGGCUCUCAUCCGGGGGGCCCUCGAAGAGGAGGGCUUAGGGGAUGGCGGGGUGGUUGAAAGACUGGCAGAUCGGAUCGCAAGGGGCAGACGAAGUGCAGGCCGGCCUCGAGCCUUGAAGAGAUAUGAGACUGCUUAA